CAGUCACAGUAGUUUGCAGGGGAACACAUGCUCCCAAGUUCAGUCUGUCUUCUGGGUCUCCUCUGGGCUCCUGUACUCAUCUCCUCCCCACUAAGUUCGGCUGCGGCUGCCCCGCCGCGUUUGAUCAUCCACUGGAAGUUUCUGUUGCCAUCGAACUGAGAGUAGAGUCAUCUUUAUUUGGCAGAGAUGACUAAAAGCAACGGGGAGGAUCCAAGAACUGGAAACAGGAUGGAGCGUUUCCAGCAAGGUGUGCGCCAACGCUCUCUGAUGGCCAAGAAGAAGAUGCAAAACAUAACCAGGGAUGACGUCAAGGGCUUCCUACGACGGAAUGGCUUUGUGCUUUUUACUGUCAUUGCUGUUGUGGUUGGUAUCAUCUUGGGGUUUUCUGUCCGAUCAUAUCACAUGACCUUCAGGGAGAUCAAGUAUUUCUCCUUCCCUGGAGAAUUGUUGAUGAGAAUGCUGCAGAUGCUGGUCCUGCCCCUCAUUGUGUCCAGUCUGGUUACAGGUAUGGCAGCGCUGGACAGUAAAGCUUCGGGGAAGAUGGGUUUAAGAGCCGUAGUCUAUUAUAUGACAACCACAGUGAUUGCUGUGUUCAUCGGAAUCGUCAUUGUCAUCAUUAUCCACCCUGGUAAGGGCAGCAAGGAGAAGAUGCAUCGGGAGGGGAAGAUUGAGCCGGUCACAGCCGCUGAUGCCUUUCUGGAUUUAAUCAGAAAUAUGUUCCCUCCGAACAUGGUGGAAUCCUGCUUUAAACAGUUCAAAACACAUUAUGAGAAGAAGCUCUUCAAGAUUCCAGUUCCAGAGAAUGAAACAUUACUAACUGCAGUUAUGAAUAAUGUAUCAGAUGCCAUGGAGACUCUGACCAAGUUUCGAGAGGAAAUGAUCCCUGUGCCAGGAUCAGUGAAUGGGGUGAAUGCACUGGGACUUGUGGUCUUUUCUAUGUCUUUCGGGCUGGUGAUUGGAAACAUGAAAGAACAAGGAAAACCCCUAAAAGAAUUCUUUGACUGCCUCAAUGAGGCUAUUAUGAGAUUAGUGGCUGUUAUAAUGUGGUAUGCUCCAAUUGGAAUCCUUUUCCUAAUUGCUGGGAAGAUUGCAGAGAUGGAAGAUAUGGGGGUGGUUGGAGGACAGCUUGGCAUGUACACUAUCACGGUCAUCAUUGGUUUGCUUAUCCAUGCAAUCUUUGUAUUGCCCUUGCUGUACUUUUUGGUGACUCGCAAAAACCCAUGGGUGUUCAUAGGAGGCCUGAUACAAGCCCUAAUUACAGCUCUGGGAACCUCAUCGAGCUCUGCCACUUUACCAGUCACAUUCAGAUGCUUGGAGGAGAACAACAAGGUAGAUAAGAGGGUGACACGCUUUGUACUGCCAGUGGGAGCGACAAUCAAUAUGGAUGGCACAGCACUCUAUGAAGCCCUGGCAGCAAUUUUUAUUGCCCAGGUGAACAAUUAUGACCUUAACUUUGGACAGAUUAUCACAAUCAGCAUCACUGCUACAGCAGCCAGUAUUGGAGCUGCAGGAAUCCCACAAGCUGGAUUGGUGACCAUGGUUAUCGUGCUGACAUCAGUAGGACUGCCUACCGAGGACAUUACGCUGAUCAUUGCUGUUGACUGGUUCUUGGAUCGCCUCAGAACCACCACAAAUGUGCUUGGUGACUCUCUCGGUGCCGGCAUAGUGGAACACCUGUCUAGGCAUGAGCUGAAGAGAAACGAUGCUGAGGUGGGCAACUCAGUGAUCGAAGAAAACGAGAUGAAGAAGCCCUACCAACUCGUCUCCCAGGAGAACGAAACAGAGAAACCUAUAGACAGUGAGACCAAGAUGUAGGCAGCACAAUGUGUUCUGAUAAAAUGACCAGAAUCACAUUCCGCCUAUUCUUUUCUAUCAUCAAACUUCGGGUCUCGUGACGGUGGCAACACCGGGGAGCAAUCAGAGAUUCAACAUCAGCAGGUGUCACAAUACCUGUGUCUGUAUAAUGUGAAACAUACAAUGUAACAUUUUGCCAUUGUGGCCCUGCCAUCUCUGCGCUAACCACAAACGCAUUGUUUGUACAUCCUUUUUUAUUUUGUUUUGUUGCUUUCUUAUUUUUAUGAAUGGGGACCCCAAGUAGCUGAGCGUCUUCUUGACUAUUGGAAAUUACAUUUGCCUUUUUUGUUCAAAAAAAGUCUCUUCACUUCAUAGCUCAGAUAAUACUUCAAAUAUUUUUUAAACAGAUAAUUUUUUUUCUUUGGGGGGGGGUUAUUUUUAGUUUCUUGUCCAUAGUGGUCAGUUGUUCAGCUGAAUAACCGUUUUUCUAUAAUAUAGCACACACAGUGCCAAUGCAAUGAUGCAUUUGAUUUAUUCUUAUAGAAACGACCGAGUGACUUGAAAGUGUAACAACUGUAGGAUAAAGAAAGUAUACAUUUUCCCCACAAUUUCCUGAAACAUGGCUUAGCUCUGGACAAACUGCUGUCCACUAGCUAUUUUGGGGGCACCUGCAAGCCAUCCUGGGGGAUUGUAGUUCUUAGGUAGGCUUCAGGUUGCUUAGACCUCUAUGGAUUUUUUGUGUUUAUAACAUAUCAGUAAGGUCGUUUUUUUGGCCAUCUUAUUUUGCUCUUAAAAUUCCAUAUAUCUCCAUUCAUAAUGGGGGGGUUAAUUAAUGAUUUACUGGAAGAUGACAAAUCCAGCUUUGAAGCAGCACUGAGAGCAAUACACAGAGUACCAUUUCUGACCUCCCUCGAAAAAUUAUAGUUGACUGGCUGUCUACUUUUUGAGUAACUGGCCCAGGACAAGCAUGCUGCUAGCAAAGUAUUUCAAUUUCUAUAUCAACAUAAGAUGCAGACAACAAGCAUUUUCAUUUGAGAGCUCUGUAAUAGCAGCAAACUUAUUUGUAUAUAUGUGGACAACAUAUUAAUUCAUAGCAACUAAUCAGAAGUCAUUGAGGCUCAUUUACUAAAGAAUUAUAGACUGUUUACUUAACAAAAAGGGAAUGGUCACUGAGCUUAAUAAAUAACUUUGAAUGCCCAAUAAUUUUCAAGAGAAUUUAAAAAAACAGGAUUUUUUUCUUGCAUGUGAUCAUGUGAUUGACAUUAACACAGCUUCACCUUACUUACUAAGCUCCAAGAACACAUUAGGGCAGAAUGGGGUCCUAGGCAGGGUGCAUCUUUGGCUCCCAUUCUUUUGAUUGCCAUUGAUGAGGAUUACAAUAAGCAUAGAAAAGUUACCCCUUUUGCAUUGUUUGUACUAGCAUGGCCUUGGGCACUAGAUGCUUACAAGUAUGUCCUCCUAUAUGAUGUAACAGGUAGGUACAUAUCUUUGACCAAUUGUGCUAUCCCUCUGGUUUACUGCAGGAGCAUGAAGGUUGUAGUUGGGCCCCCCUGGAUCCUGAACAGUCUUUAGUAUUUAGCAAAUAAACCUAUUGUUCUGAUGAAAGGUAACAUCUUAUUGGACAUCAUGGGUUUCUGGCUUACCACACUACUGCAUUACUACGUUUUCCACAUGCAUUGAUUCUGCAAGACAAAUCAGGCCAUAACAGUUAGAAAAUAUAAGCAUUUUGUACUGAAAAAUCCCACCUUCUGGUGGCUGAUGAGUUUAGCAACAUCUAGAGUGUUAAAUUACUUUUGACUUGAAACCACAGACUAUUUAUGUAUUUCAAAGAGAUUCCCUGUCUUUGUAGUGUAAGCACCACUAUUAUCACUUUUCAUGUAUAGAACACAUUUACACAAACAACGAACCCACAAAGAUAAGAUGGAAAGGCCUUGCGGACAAGUUCUCUGAUCUGGAUGAGCAGGAAUCCUGAAUUGAAUGUAACAGAAUGAAUGUAAAGCGGGAGUUUGGCAUCUAAAGUAAUAAUAAUGCUGAAAAAGAUUUUGUCUGAUAGAAUGGAAAAAAACAGCACAGACGG